ACUGGCUGGCCGUACAUCUCCCGGCGCACGAUAGUAUUAAUUUAUCACCCCGCGCAUUCUAGCCUCCAUUACCAAUAUUAGACCGCUUGAGUAUUUCAAAUUCCCAAGCUAAUAAACACCAGCGUUUCCCCCUUAAAUAGCACACGUUCCUUCCGAAAAAAACAACCCACAAUCCAACUCGUUACUUUUCUUACCACCUCUCCAACGUUAUUGAAGAUUUGAGUGCGAGCUUUUUAAGAUACGUGUAUGAUAGUAUGUCUCAACCUAUGGAACAUAAUGAGAAAACAUUUCCGGAGCCGAAACGAGAGCAUGUUGUUCCAUUUUCUUGGGGUGUCAGAAGGGGGAGUAUCAAUCUGUAUGAGUCUUUCACUCUAGAGGGUGUUAAGUAUUCCCUCUAUGAUACUGUGUGUUUGCGGCGCAAUGAUCAGAUCGACAUUGGUAAGCUCAUAAGAAUUUUGGAGAUUGACAAUCGUGAGAAGAGGGUAGAAGUUGUGUGGUUUUUUAAACCGAGGGACAUAGCUAGCUUUUUAGGAGAUGUCAAGCCGCUUGAACGAGAGCUUUUCCUAGCUUGCGGUGAAGGCAGAGGUCUUUCAAACAUUAACCCAUUGGAAGCAAUUAUGGGAAAAUGCGAUAUGGUUUGCUCAUCGAAGGACCAAAGAAACCCUCAACCAACUGAAAAAGAAUUGGGGUCAGCUGAUUUCCUUUUUUAUCGGACUUUUGAUGUCGGCAGGCGCAAAGUAUUAGAGAACUUUCCUAGCUCAAUUGCUGGAAUCAAAGUUGAUCAUUUUUUAAACAGGAGGAGUUCUCAAACUUUAGGUGAUGGUUCCGAAUGUAAAGAACCUUUGAAGGCCGAGAGUCCAAAAUGUGACUUCAGACUCGAUGCACGAGGUUAUACUUCUAGCACUAGCAGUAGGCAGAUAAAAAGUUCUAUAACAGAUAGGCCUCUUGCUAGAGAUAAUAUCAAGAGGUCUGUGCAGUUCCUCCCAGCAAGUCCAUCUGAUAUAGGUCCUACAAAGAAAAGAAAACUUCUACCUUCUUCAGGUAAUCGAAGUGGUGAUGCAUUGUUUAAUCCUCCAACCACAGCUUCAGGAGAAGAGAAUCAUGUGAAGCUUUCUUGCAUAGAAAACACAGAUCUCUCUGCCAAGAAAAGUAGUUAUUUAGAAACAAGAGAGUUUACUGGGAAAGGACUUGUUAAUAAGCAACAUGUAGGCACAUGUGUCAGUCACAAGUUUACAGAAGUCAGGAAUCAAACCGUUGAUGCAUUGCCUAAUCCUCCAACCACGGCUUCAGGAGAAGAGAAACAUGUGAAGCUUUCUUGCACAGAAAACACAGAUCUCUCUGCCAGGAAGAGUAGUUAUUUAGAAAUAAGAGAGUUUACUGGGAAAGGACCUGUUAAUGAGAAACAUGUAGGCACAGUAAUCAGUCAAAAGUUCUCAGUAGUCAGGAAUCGAACUGAUGAUGCAUUGUCUAAUCCUCCAACCACAGCUUCAAGGGAAGACAAAAAGGUUAAGCUUUCUUUCCGAAAAAACACAGAUCUCUCUGGAAGGAAGAGUAGUUACUCAAAAACAAGAGAGUUUACUGGGAAAGGACCUAUAAAUAAACAAGUAAGCAUGGGCAUCAGUCACAAGUUCUCGGAAGUCACAAGAAAGCCUGGUAUGGACACCAGCAAAUGGUUGAAGCUUGAGGUUUGGGCAGAGGAAAGGUUAAAUGAAGCAAAUGCCAAAGGGACGAUACUAGUAUUAGAAAACCUUGACCCUUCAUUUGCGGCUUCAGAAGUUGAGGAUAUUGUUUGGCAUGUUUUUAGAGAAAAUGUUAAGGCAAAGAUGGUACCAACCACUGCCUUUUCCAGCGUACGCUCUGGACAAGCACUUGUAAUGUUCAAAACAAAGGAAGCAGCAGACAAGGUCAUGUCAGAGUUGCUCAAUGGUUGUCUUGUGCUUGGUGACGGAAGGCCUAUUAUUGGUCGAAGAAGAUUCAUCAGAAAAGUUGCUGCUGCUGAAAGGUUUGUUGGCCAUCUUAGCGUCGACAGAGGCAGAGCUUACAAGCAACGCAAAGAAACGAGGGAUGCAGUGGCGACGUCACACUUCUCACAGAAUAAUACAGUCGAGUUUGAGAUGGCCAUUCUGUGGCGUGAACUUGAUGAAAAAUCACGGAGAUGGUGGGCAGCGUUGCAUGAGCAACAAGGCAAAGAAAUUGAACCUUUGAUGAACAGGUUGAAGAUCCAAAACAUGUGAGGUGCUUCUCAUCUUGGAAGAUGAGCUUAUUUUGGUAGUCUAAUGUAAAUUUUUGAAGAGAGAACAAAUUAAGGUAGGAGACAUAGUAUCACUCUAACAUGCAUGUAGUAAUAGUUACUAUUGUCAAUUCUCUUUGGUAUAUAGAAGAGACUAGUUGUCUUGAUUCUUGCCAGCCUAAAUCCACAGGCUUGGUCGUAUUUUGAAUUUUCAGUAAUUAAAUGUUGGU